AUGGCGGCAACAAUGCCCCAGGCCACCACCACUUGCUCGGAGGUGGAGCAGGCGUGGCUUGAGGCCGGUCAACGAGGUGAUACCAAGACGAUGCAAAUGCUUCUCCAGACCCAUCCAAAGUGGCUCGCGCCCGAUCGUGUUGCAACAACGUCUACUUCGAACCAUGUUGAUGGUAGUGAUGGCACUUCGUCGUUUUGUGACUGGGAUGGAUUCUACCUUCCUACGGUGGGGGCGUCCACGCUCCAUGCAGCUGCCUGGAAUGGCAACUACGACGUCUUGAAAUUCCUGCUGGAACAAGGCCAACACGUCGACGAGCAAGACCGUCGAGGUGUGACUGCGUUAAUGGCGACACUUUUGCGGCACAAUGUCCAGACGUUACGCGCGGUGUUUCAUGGAAAUGCCGUCGUGCAGCUCAAUACGAUCAUGGAUUGCCGGAAGGAAGACGGUGAGCGACUGAGUGAUACGUUAAGCGUUGUAAGGCUGCUACUUCUUCAUGGUGCGGGGACGGAGAUGCGUGACCAAGAAGGUAGGACAGCCUUAUUUCUCGCCACGAACGACGAGCUUUUUGAAAUAGCCAAACUUCUCUUGGAAAAUGGGGCGCUUAUGGAUGCACAGGACUCAACUGGUAGGUCCCCGCUCCAUGCGUGUCUGCGAACGUUUCCUGAACAAAGUGUGUUGGUGACAAACUUGCUGCUUUCUCGUGGUGCACCGAUCGACCUCUUGGAUAAGGAUGGCGAGACCCCAUUGAUGAUUGUCGUCCGACGCGGGGACACUACAGCGCUACAAUUGUUUCUGAACCAUCACUCUCUGGUUGCUACACCCGCAAGACAAGACUUUGCUGGUGCCAUGCUCUUGCAAGCCGCGGAGCUUGGCAUUGUGAAUACUGUGCGCUUCUUACUGAACGGCAGCUACUCAAGCAUUGAUGUCGUCAAUGCCCGAGGUGAGACGGCGCUCCAUCUAGCGAUACUGAAGCAACGCAAACAGGUUGUUGAGGUCUUGUGUGCCUCAAAAGAUGCUGAGCUUCUGCUUGAAGUCCGAACGCAGGGCAAUGAAGAGAAUGUGCUGCAUUAUGCUGCACGCUACGGAGCACCUUCAGACUUGCAGUUGGUGUUGUCACUUGUACGCAAAAGUAUUGCCCAAGAAGUUAACCGUUCGAACGCUGUUGGGAUGACUCCAAUGUAUCUCGCAGUCAUAGCCGCUGAUGCCGGAUCGCUGAGCGAAUGUCAAGCGAAGGUUGCGCAGCUCAACAAACUCGGUGCGUUGCUGUUUUCAUCCAACAUGCGCCUCUUUCAGGAGGUCAAAUGUGGUGUUGGCGUAGCGCUGACAGCUAUGAACCCUGCUGUACGACGGGCACUGGCCUUGUGGCUACUUGAGUGCAGCGCAACAUCAGCCACGACAAUCUCUGAGUUUUGCAUGGAUUGGUUAGCAUGCGUUCAACGUUCUCAUACUAAGUCAAAGCAGCAUGACAGCGUGCAAACACAAGGAAGCGUGGAGGAGGAGGAUUAUUCUACUGUCAAUCCGGAGACUCAAGCAGCCAUGCAGGGUAAGGAAUUGCGCCGUUGUCCGUCUAUUCUACUCGACCCGACACUUGCUGCGGUUAUCUGUGCUGGUUACGCAAUUGAUGCAGUACCGCUGCUGCUGACGAUGCCACUCAAACGUGAGGCAGUGCUACAUUUUCUCGAAUUGCUGAAGACUCUGGCAAAGGACUUGAAGCACGCACUACUACAAAAGCUGCAGCUAGAGCUGCUGGCUGCUUGGAAAGUCGAGAGCGAUGACAGUAGUCGUCAAUAA